CUGCGCGGGUCGCGAACGCGACUUGACUCAUGGAGCAAGUCGCCCGACUCGCCGACUCGCCGACGGCUCGUCGCGAUUAGUCGCCGGAACUGAGCCAGGAGUCGCUCGACUCGGUGAGAUCAGGGCCCAGUGCCAGAAAUUUUUGGAGGGCUACAAGUACCCAUCGUGCAGAGCGAGCGCGCGGGAAUUCACACAGAAAGAGAGGGAAAGGGAGGGAAAGGGCGGGAGCGGAACUCACGGCGGCUGCUGGUCGUGACCUAGGAGCCGACGCUGCCCCUCGCCGGCGACGCGCGACCUUCAAAUCGGCCGCGAUUUGACCUCCGCCGGCGACGACCCCCUCCUCUGCUCGCUUGCUCGACCUAAUUCCGCCGCCUCCAACCUCCCUCGACGGGAUCCCCUCCCGCAGGAGCUGAUUACGGCCGCCGCCGUCUCCAAUCUCCGACGAAUUGCAUCCUCUACCUCCGCCUCCGUCCUCUUCAACCGUCGCUGCACAGGUGUCAAAUAGAGAUGGCUGAAGCUGAAGCAAAUCAGAUUAUCCCAGCUGGUGGCAAUGGACCUGUGCCUGAUCCAUAUGAUCCAUCCAAUGAUCCUAAGCGUAGGGCAAGCUCGGGAGACCCCGGAUGGAAAUAUGGGUAUUGGCAUGACCUGAACAGGAGAGAUAGGAUAAUAUGCAAAUUCUGUGCCAGAGAUAUACAUGGUGGAAUAGCAAGAUUCAAGCGCCACCUAGCUGGGGCUAGCAUUAAAGGGAAAAAGAAUUCUCACAAAUGCAAGAAGGUCACUGAGGCUGUUUCAAAGGAGAUGAUGGAUUAUAUGAGGGCAUAUGCAGAGAAGCACAAUGUUACUGCAGAGGAUGGUAAAGUCGAUGGAGGUGGUGCAGCAGGAGGUGAUUCUUCUGAAGAUGACGCAGCAGUAACUCAAAGUAGCAGGACACCAGCAAAACGCAAGGCAGAAUCUGUCCCAAGUGAACCAACCCCACAAAAGGUUACAAGAACAAUUGCUGGGAUGCUUAGGAAGAGUCCAGAAGAAGUCAUUGAGCUAAGGCACUCAAAGGAUCCUUCUCAAGCAGCAUUGAACGCAGGUUGCUUCAAAAGGACCUCUGAGGACAAGGAUAGAGUUGAUCAGCAUUGGGCAGAUUUCUUCUAUGCCAAUGCCAUUCCCUUCAAUGUUACUCGGUCAAGAGCAUUUGAGAUUGCAUUGGAGUCCACUGGGCAGUAUGGUCCAGGCUACAUCCCUCCAACAGUACAUUCCCUUAGGCUUCCACUCCUUGCGAAAGCAAAGACAAAGACAACACAAUUGAGAGAUAAGCAUGACUUGGCAAGAGUAUGGAUGCACACUAAUGUCAGAUGGGUGGACUGAUGGGAGGAGUAGGCACUUGGUGAACUUCCUUGUCAAUAGUCCAGCUGGGACUUACUUCAUUGAUAGUGUCAACAUAUCAGGCGUAGUAGCUGACAAAGAACUAUUGGCAGAUUUAAUGGAGAAAAGGAUAAAUGACGUUGGAAGACAAUAUGUGGUUCAGAUUUGCACACAUAACGGCGCUAACUACAAGGCAGCAGGCAGAGUCCUAAUGGAUAGGAUCCCAACAUUAUGGUGGACACCCUGUGCAGCCCAUUGUUUGAACCUCAUGUUGGGGUCAAUUUGCAAGAUCAAGCAAUUUGCUGAAUGCAUUACAAAUGGCAAGAGGGUGACCACUUUCAUCUAUUGGCAUAUCAAAAUUCUUGAUGAAAUGAGAGUGAAGACCAACAAUGCUGAUUUGGUGAGGGCUGGGGCAACUCGAUUUGCCACAAAUUUCCUCAACUUGGCAAGCUUGCACAAACACAAGCAAGCUCUAAAAGAGUUGUUUGUGGGUGAUGUUUGGCAUAACAAUAAGAAGUUGUCAACCUCACCUGUGGGACAAAAGGUUCAAGAAGAUGUGCUGUCCAUUAAUUUUUGGAACUCUGUGGAGACUUGCAUGAAAGUGUCUCUGCCUCUUCUAAGGGUACUAAGGAUUGUUGAUGGAGAUGAGAGGCCAGCCAUGCCUGAGGUAAUGGCUGCGAUGGACUUUGCGAAGGACAAAAUCAAGGCUGCAAUAGAGGAGAAGCCAACUUUGCUCAAGAAAGUGAUCAAAAUAGUUGAGGAUAGGUGGGAAUCCCAAAUGGGUGUGAAGUUGUAUGGGGCUGCACUAUUCUUAAACCCCAACAGAUUCUAUGAUCUCAAAGCUAAGCCUGAGAAUGCAAGAUAUUGUCAAAAGCUGAGGCAUAUGUUCAAGGAGGUGCUAGUGCACAUGGAGCCCAAUGAUGAUAAAGCAAGCUUGAUUAGCAGAUUAGCCGAUGACUAUGAGAGAGGUGAAGGUGAAUGUUUCAGCUCAAAGUUGGCCAUCAAGGACCGAUCCAAAAAGAGUCCUCUUCUUUGGUGGGGCGCUUAUGGUGGACUUGCUUUUGAGCUGCAAUCUUUGGCAAAGCACAUUGUUAGCCUUUGUGCUUCAGCUUCUGGCUGUGAGCGCAAUUGGUCAGCCUUUGCAAAUAUCCAUAGCAAAAAGAGACCUAGGUUGGAGUUCCAACGACUCAACGAUCUGACCUUUGUUCAAUACAAUCGGAAGAACGCUGACAGGUUCCAGAAGCUUCGCGAGGAAGGCUCCAAAGGGGUUAGGUCUGACCCAUUAGUCCUAGAAGAUCUAGAUUGGGAAAAUGAAUGGAUUGAUGCUAAUGCCCAGCCAGUUUAUGAGGGUGCUGAUAUCACUUGGGCUGAAGUUGAUGCAGCAGUUGGUGCAUCUGAAGGUCCUUUGCACAACCUAAGAAGACAUGGGAGUCAGCCCGCUGCUGGUACUGCUAACAUCCACUAUUCUCGAGCUCGAGUGGUGGAAACUCAAGUUGAAGUGGAAGAGGAGGUUGUUCCUGAGGUUGAGCUUGAAGAUUAUUCAACAAGUGAAGAUGAAGGUGGAAAUGAAGGUGGUGGUGAAGAUGAUGAUGCGAGAGACAAUGAAGAAGAUGAUCAUCUCCGUUACUCUUACUAUGAUGAGUGACUGAGUGUGGAUUUGCGGCUAGCUGGAUGUAUCUACUAUCUAUUUGCUAUUAGGGCCAUGCGUAUGGGUUUGCGGCUGGUGUGCCUUGUUUUGGACACAUGAUUGCUAUUUGCUUGUUGAAUGCAGUGAACUAAAUUAAUGCUUGCUUAUUUUCUGUAAAAGUGUAGAACUGCUGGUGUU